AUGUCGCAAAGAAGUGGCGCUGGGUCCGGGAGAGAUGGUGGGGGAUCCCACGGAGGUGCCGGCGGAUCUCAAAGAGCUCAUGCGAGUGAACAGCCUCCAAGCAGCGCCUCGGGAUCACAGAGGGGUGCUCAAGGACCACCUCCUGUAGGAAGAGUGCAGGGCCCGCUGUACAUACAUCCUGGAGGCCAACCUCUGAUCAUCGAUGGCAACGUCCGGCAUCUAGAAGAUGAGUAUGGGAGGUCACCGAAUGUCGGCGGCCUGUCUCUGGCGCCAGAACGUUUCCCUAGCCGACCAGGGUUUGGAACGAGGGGCGAAAAGGUCACCGUGUGGGCGAACUACUUCCAACUUUUGGUGGAUCCCAGGCUUGUCCUCCAGCAGUACAAAGUUGAUAUACAGCCUCAAGCCGUGGGUAGGAAGAGAACCCGCAUCAUCGAGCUGUUUCUGCAGCGGCCUGAGUCUGUCGCCCGCUCCCACACCAUCUGCAGCGACUUCAAGUCAACUCUUUUCUCACGUGCACUUCUCGACAACGACUUUACUGCAUGCGAUAUCGUAUAUCGAUCGGAGUUCGAGACUGAACCCGAACCGCGUGCCAAACUAUAUCAUCUGAGGCUGCAGCAUACAAGGACGCUGCCGGUUCGCCGCCUCCUCGAGUACCUAACAAGAACCAACAUGUCUACCGCCUUCGACGAAAAGGAUGCUCUAAUCCAGGCAUUCAACGUUUUUCUGAACCACUACGCCAGGUCUAACGACAAUCUGGUUACCUUCGGAAACAAGACUUUCCCGAAGCAGGUAGCAGGCAGAGAUCUGGGCAGUGGCCUGAUGGCCAUCCGGGGUUUCUUCUCGAGCGUUCGGGCCGCCACAGGUCGUAUUCUAGUCAACGUGAACGUCUGCUGCAGUGCGUUCUAUCGGCCCGGUCCCUUGACUGCCCUCAUGGCAGCACAUGGGUUCCAGGACAGGUACAGACUAGAACAGUUCCUCAAAGGAGUCCGAGUGAAGACCUCCCACACAGGGACUCCGCGCAUCAGAACAAUCCUAGCGCUCGCCUCUCCGAGCGAUGGACAAGGCCCGAAUGAACAACGACCCAGAGUACCGGAAUUUGGAGCCGGUCCAAAUCAAGUGUUGUUCUGGGUUCAGCAGCAGAACCGACACGUGACCGUAUCAGAGUUCUUCUACACAUCCUACGGUAUUCGUCUGGAUGACAAGAGACUGCCUGUAGUCAAUGUCGGCUCGAAGGCCAAUCCCGUGUACCUCCCGGCACAGGUUUGCGAAGUCAUGGUUGGUCAGAAGGCUGGUGUCAAGCUCGACGCAGAGCAAACCAGCAGAAUGAUCAGUUACGCUAUUCGAAGGCCUGCUCCAGCUCAAAAUGCCUUGUCUAUUGCUCAGGAGGGGCUCUCCAUGGUUGGAAUGUCGCGAGACAACCGUUUGCUGGAUCCUUUCCAUGUUGAAAUUAAACCGAACUUUACGAUUAUCCCAGCCCGUAUUCUGACGAAGCCCCAAGUCGCGUAUGGCAACAGAAGAUUCGCUACAGUGAAUUCGUCCGCUGCCUGGAACCUUCGGGGCCUAGCAAUGAGUCGACCUGCGACAAUCCCCGCGGGCACAUGGGGCUGGCUGUAUAUCACCAUGACCGGAUAUCCCCCAACAUUCCAGACCACGGUACCUCUUCAAGCCGCAUUGGACUCCUUCCGGGGGUCACUGCGAGGAACAGGUAUCAACAUCGGCGAGGCCAGUCCGGGGAUCCGGCGACUUCAACUGGGCAAUGUGGAAGACCCUGGAUUAGAGGAAACGCUUAUAUUGGCUCUCCGAAGCCUCCGCCUACUUUACAUCAUCCUGCCAGUCAAGCACACCGCCCUUUACAACCGGAUCAAACAUAUCUGCGACGUCAAGAUUGGACUUGUCAACAUAUGUUCGGUUGGAAACAAGCUCGUGGACUCAACCGGCCGACCGCAGUACUUCGCCAACAUAGCGCUCAAGUUCAACCUGAAAGGUGGAGGCGACAAUCAGCUUAUCCAUCCAUCACGCCUUCAUUUUGUCUCCCGAGGCGAUACAAUGAUUGUGGGUAUUGACGUGACACACCCGGAUCCAAAUUCAAGCAAUUGGGCGCCCAGCAUUGCUGCUAUGGUCGCCAGCAUCAACGCAAGCCUCGCUCAAUGGCCAGCCACAUCGUCUGUUCAGAGAAGAAGACGCCAAGAGAUGGUCGAUAGUCUCAAGGACAUGCUUAAGCGUCACUUGAAUCUCUGGAAGACUGAGGGAAGACACACCAUGUUCCCCAGGAACAUCCUGGUCUACCGGGAUGGUGUUUCUGACGGUCAGCAUCAAAUGGUCAAAGACUAUGAACUGCCACUUCUCCGACGGGCCUGCGAGGAGAUGUAUGAUUCUGUAGGUCAGGAACGCCCUCGAAUCACUGUCGUUGUGGUGACCAAGCGCCAUCACACACGUUUCGGGCCCACGACAGAGGGUAAGGCUGAUGGCAACGGCAACUGUCUCGCCGGAACUGUCACCGACCGUGGAAUCACUGAGGCCCAUCAGUGGGACUUCUGGAUUCAGGCCCACUCUGCCAUCCAGGGACAUGCUAGGCCAGCUCACUAUGUUGUGGUUCACGAUGAAAUCUUCCGCGCCGCUCCACGUGCACAAGGCUACAACGUAGCAGACACUCUCGAAGAUGUGACGCAAAGCCUGCACUACGUCUUUGGGCGAUGCACAAGGGCUGUUUCAUACUGCACUCCGGCAUACUACGCAGACCUUGCCUGUGACCGCGCCCGACGCUACCUGAGCAACUUAUUCGAUCCGUCUUCGCACUCGGACACAGCCUCCCUGAUCAGUGAAUUGGCUCAAGAAGACGAUGAUGGACGGCAAGCUCGGCUACAACCGCUUAUCACCCCUCAUCCCCGGGUGAGCAACAAAAUGUACUAUAUCUAG